CCUCCCGUGAAGCCUCGCGCGGGGAAGGACCGGAACUCCGGCCGGCGGCUGGUUGAUAAUAUGGCGGUAGGAGGUUCCUGGGCGUCGCGAGGAGGCGGCGGGGCCCACGCCAGGAGGAAGGGUCUCUUUUCGGGCUAGUGCGGCGGCCUCUGCGGGCCGGAAGUCAGGACCGGUGGCUGAAUGAGGGGAGCUGGGCCGUCCCCGCGACAGUCCCCCCGCGCCCUCCGCCCCGACCCUGGCCCCGCCAUGUCCUUCUUCCGGCGGAAAGUUACUUCUUCCACUGAAGUCUUGAACCCCUCAAAGUCAUCCAUGAGGGGCUGGACUCACCUUCUUCCAAACUCCUGUUAAGUUGCUAUGUUGACCUCUUCUCAUGAAUCACAAAUGUUCUUAAUGGCACCUAGAAUGUGAAAGGCAAAGAACAAGAUAAGACUUCAGAUGCCAAGACAGUUAAAGCCUCAAAUCCUGUAUAUUCCCCACAAAAAAGCACUAAAAAUCAUGCCUUGCUGGAGGCUGCAGGACCAAGUCAUAUUGCAAUCAAUGCCAUUUCUGCCAACAUGGACUCCUUUUCAAGUAGCAGGACGGCAACACUUAAGAAGCAGCCAAGCCACAUGGAGGCCGCUCAUUUUGGUGACUUGGGCAGGUCUUGUCUGGACUACCAGAUUCAAGAGGCCAAAUCAAGUCUUUCAAAGACUCUUGAACAAGUCUUGCAUGACACUAUUGUCCUCCCUUAUUUCAUUCAAUUCAUGGAACUUCGGAGAAUGGAGCAUUUGGUUAAAUUUUGGUUAGAAGCUGAAAGUUUUCACUCUACAACUUGGUCCCGAAUAAGAGCAUACAGUCUGAGCACAGUGAAGCAGAGCUCAUUGGCUGAGCCUGUCUCUCCAUCUAAAAAGCAAGAAACUGCAGCACCUUUUGUAACCGAGUCUCUUGACAAGAGAUUAGAGGAUUCUAGCUCAGCCCAAUUGCUUGUGACUCAAUCAGAAGAAAGUGACCUGAAUAAUAGAACUAGCAACACCCAGAAUCGCUUGCUCCUUUCCGAGGAAUGUGACAGUGCCCAUUCUCUCCAUCUUGAAAUGGCCAGAAGAGAAGCUCAUCAAGUUUCCAUGGAAACCCAAGAAUCCUCCCCCAGACUUACAGUAGCCAGUAGAAAUAGUCUUUCUUCUCCACUAAAGGAAUUAUCAGGAAAACUAAUGAAAAGUAUAGAACAAGAUGCAGUGAACACUUUUACCAAAUAUAUAUCUCCAGAUGCUGCUAAACCAAUACCUAUUACAGAAGCAAUGAGAAAUGAUAUCAUAGCAAAGAUUUGUGGGGAAGAUGGGCAGGUGGACCCCAACUGUUUUGUUCUGGCACAGUCCGUAGUCUUUAGUGCAAUGGAGCAAGAGCACUUUAGUGAGUUUCUGCGGAGUCACCAUUUCUGUAAAUACCAGAUUGAAGUGCUGACCAGCGGAACUGUUUACCUGGCUGACAUUCUCUUCUGUGAGUCAGCCCUCUUUUAUUUCUCUGAGUACAUGGAAAAAGAAGAUGCAGUGAAUGUCUUGCAGUUCUGGUUGGCAGCAGAUAACUUCCAGUCUCAGCUUGCUGCCAAGAAGGGCCAGUAUGAUGGACAGGAGGCACAAAACGAUGCCAUGAUUUUAUAUGACAAGUACUUCUCCCUGCAGGCCACACAUCCUCUUGGAUUUGAUGAUAUUGUAAGAUUAGAAAUUGAAUCUAAUAUCUGCAGGGAAGGUGGGCCACUCCCCAACUGUUUUACAACUCCAUUACGUCAGGCCUGGACAACCAUGGAGAAGGUGUUUUUGCCUGGCUUUCUGUCCAGCAAUCUGUAUUAUAAAUAUUUGAAUGAUCUCAUCCAUUCGGUUCGAGGAGAUGAAUUUCUGGGAGGGAAUGUUUCACUGACUGCUCAUGGCUCUGUUGGUGCUCCUGAUGACUCUCACCAAGGUGGUUCUGACAGCUCAGCAUCUCAGUCCAGUAUGAAAAAAGCUAGUGUUAAAAUUCUGAAAAAUUUUGAUGAAGCAAUAAUUGUGGAUGCUGCAAGUCUGGAUCCAGAAUCUUUAUAUCAACGGACGUAUGCAGGGAAGAUGACAUUUGGAAGAGUCAGUGAUGUGGGGCAGUUCAUCCGAGAAUCUGAGCCUGAACCUGAUGUAAAGAAAUCAAAAGGAUCCAUGUUCUCACAAGCUAUGAAGAAAUGGGUGCAAGGAAAUACUGAUGAGGCCCAAGAAGAGCUAGCUUGGAAGAUUGCUAAAAUGAUAGUUAGUGAUGUUAUGCAGCAGGCGCAAUAUGAUCAACCAUUAGAGAAGUCUACGAAGCUAUGACUCAAUCCCUGAGAUAAAGGAAAUCUGCUUUUGAAAAAUAAGAACGUUUUUCCUUUGGUUGGAUUUCUAGCACAGCCAAUGAAAACAAAGCUCUGUGUUUCCUUUCUCUGAUGUAUCAGCUGUUGUUCCCAGCAAGAGUGGCAGACAAUCCUGGACUUCCACCAUAAGCAGAGUGACACGUAGACAUAUUUGCUGCACAAGAUGUUCACAAGCGAAAGUCAUAAAGAGACAAAGUGGUAUUGUUUACAUUACUAGAAAAUUCGUAGUUUUCUAAUGGCAAUAACCCAUUUAUGAGAGAGUUUUAGUCCACUGGAACAGACAGGGACCACACUGUGGCAGGCAGUAAGCGUAGAGCUGAUAGUUGAUGCACACUCUGUAGUGGUCGCCCACCCUUAAUGGCAUUGUAAAGUGGGUACCAGAGGUGCUUUGCUUUGGCCUCUUGAAACAAGUGGGCGUCAGCCCCUCCGAGAGGGCCGGGCAGCCGGGGUGGCGGUGCGUGCUCGGACCCUGUUCCUCAGUGGCACGGGGCGAGGCUCCGUGUAGUCUGCCUGCACAAAGGCAUUGGUUGGGGAGGAAGCUGAUAUGUCACAGGUCAGGUCCAAGAGACAUUGUCCUUCUUUUUGGCAACACUAUCCAAUUUUCACAUUUUAGUGGCUCCUGAGAUGCAGUAUACUUACAGCCGGUCUCUCCCCUGCUACGCUGCUAGCCACAGGGCGAACCUCCUGUGCUGCGAGCAUUCUCCACUGGAGUUCCGUGCUCCAGGUCAUCUAACUUCCCUUCAGAAAACAUCAUAACGGUCACUCCAGUGUCCCCUGUGGGACCUUGAGCAAUGUUUAUUGCUGGAUUGUAUGUUGUUGUUUUUUAAGAAGGUGAGAGGGCAGGGUCUGGGGGGAGGAAAAGCACUCACUUUUAAUUGUCUCCUCUUUCUUUGCUCUGAGCUGGGAAGUAUGCAGCGGGUGGCCUCCCUCCUGCCUGUCUCUAGGACAGUAAGAGACUGCCUCGCUGCACUUCUGCUCCGUUGGCUCCUGGGUCUGCCGAUGGGCUGCCGCAUUGGCGAAUGCACUCCGCUGGCCAGGCGAUGCAGUGGUUCCCACCACAUAAGACUGUCUGAGAGGAAAGAGUGUUCUUAGGUGUGACUGCUUGUGCUUAGACUUUGCAAAACAAACAAAAAAAAAGACACACAAAAAAGAUUAAAAAAAUGUAUAUAAAUAUAUGUAAUUAUUAAUCACCUCUGUCCUUGAGAAAGUCUUGAAUGAAUAGAGAAUUUAUUCCACUGCAAUAUUUGAUUGUAUAGAGAGAGGCACACUCUUUCAUCAACAGAAGAAGCAAGGAGGCUGUGUAUAAGUUUUUGGUACUAUGUACCACCUCUGUUAUUCUUCUAGAGCUGAAGUAUUCAUGUACUUAAACCAUAUUCUAUUUAAUUGUGUUUGAUUUUAAAUAUAUAUCUGAAUUAUAUUUAAAAUUGUGUCAACUUUCUGCUUUCAGGGCAUUUAUAGCUCUUCUAUUAAAAUUGUUGAUUCUUCCAAAUAUUUCCGUUUGCUUUACAAAAACCCAGAAUAUGAGCCACUACUGGACUUAGAUCUAAUGUUUUAUGAGGUGUAUGUUCUGUGACUAACUCAUUUUGUUCUUUUAACAAAAUAUCUCCAUCCAUUUCACUUUGCUUCAAUCUUUAAAUUAAAGAAAAGCAACAUAAAGGUCAUAGGAUAAAGUGUGGUUUUAGGUGACUCUUGCUGCCUCUGCAUGUUUUGGAAUAACAAUUUCUGUGAAGCUCUAGGCUAUUUAAAUUAGUGCUUUUCAUUAAGAUACCAUCUGAUCAAUUCUUUGUGUACAUUUUGUGCUUCUGAGCUAAGGAUGUUUAGUAGUUGUAGGGUUCUUCUAGGAAGAAUAGCAAGUUUGAGACUCGGUUACUUUGUCUGCCCCACAUGCCAUGGGACAGAAGCAGAAUGUGACCUGAAGUAUUUGCCAGAUUUAAUAUGUGACCUAAAGUAGAUCCUUGUACUUAUCUUGAGUACCCACUGUGUUUCAGGCUAUGUGCAGUGCGCCCACAAAAUGUGAUUCCCGCCCCAGCCCGUUUGGCUCAAUAGGUAGAGCACCCAGGUUCGAUUCCUGUCAAGGGUGUGUACCUCGGUUGUAGGCUCCUCCCCGGCCCAGGCCCUGGUCAGGCUCGUGCAGGAGACAACCAAUCUAUGUGUUUCUAUCACAUCAAUAUUUCUCUCUAUCUUUCCCUCUCUCCUCCACUCUCUAAAAAUCAAUGGAAAAAUAUCCUUGGGUGAGGAUUUAAAAAAAAAAAAAUGAUUCCCUGGCAGGGUUUUUAUAGGUUCAAGGAAUUAGUUAAAUAUCCAUCCUUAUGUUGUUGAGAUCAAUGCAUAUUGUUAGGAAAAUAGUUAUGAGAAAGUGAUAGCUUUUGCAGCUUGAUCUAUCCUUAUCACUCCUGAAAGAUUUGAUAAAAGUAAGAAGCAAAUGUGAACCCAGUCCAGUGAAGAGCAAUAAACAGGAAGCAAUACUCUGUAGCUUUCUACUUGGCUUCAGGAUUCAGUAGAGCUUUAUGAAAUGUAAGUAAUUUACAGAACUGAAACUUUGACUAGUUCAGUAGGAAUUUGGAGGGGGAGGUCACUGAAUCGUAGAAAGUUACAUACUUUGCUGUUUCAUUUAAGUACUAAUAGCUAAGCACCUGAAGUGGCUGACCUCACUCUAAUGACUUCGUUUGGGGUGCCUGCCUGGCUCUCCUGGACCCUGCCCUCACUCUGACAGGAGUGGGGACCAUGUUCGCAUACACUGACCUUUUCCCUCCCCUCUCCCACAUAGCAGUCAGUUGGACCAGGGUUGAACUCCUGAUCCAAACAUGCCCAAGAAAAUUCUUUAUCUUAAGAAUUUUGCAGGGGGAAUAAGGGAUACCAGACACCAUCUUAAAAGUUAGGUAGGACACUUUAGCCAGCACUGCAAGGACAGGCAGAGAGGUUUAGAAGUAGAAAUACAGAGAGAAAGGGGUCUGAAAAGCAGCUGCCCUGGGAGCCCUGAGGACUUGCUGGGGUCUGGAUCCAGCCCGAGAGCCUUGCUGUGGACUCCAUUAACCCCUCAGGCAGCCUGAGAAUGAAUUUUGGCUUUUUGAAAUCAGUCUAAAAUGAGCUUUUGUUGCAUGCACUCAACGAAGGCCCUUGGUAAAAUGCUUCCAGGCUGCUCUAUGAUUGUGUGUGCCAAGGACCACAGCAUUCUGGAGAAUAUGUCCUUAGUAAAUCUUGGUCAUUUUGUGUAUUCUCUCCAAAUGGAGUCCUAAACUAAUAGAACUAAAAGACACUCCCUCUUUUGCAGGGACAAGUUCCUCGGGCCCAGGAAAAGGGCGAGUCCUUGCCCUGUUGUGGGAUAGUCCCCAUUAGCACUCAGGCCUUUCAUAUUUCCCAGCAUCCUUCUGAAGGACAAACCAUCGCCACUUUUAGCAACUGUAAUAACCCCCACAAAGUAGAGGGCAUUUCUAUUAAUGUGUAACCGCUACAAACUUAAAAUGGUGGAGGGCAUAAUUAGAAAAUUCGUAAAUGCUAAUCAAGGUCUCUGGCCAUUAGCUGAGUGGACGUAAAUCCCAGCAAAACCCUUCAAGGUUGCUACUCAGACCCACACUGACAGUCGCUCUGUGAGCGCUGUGGCACUGAGGAGGCCUCUGCUUAGGGAGGGCUGGGGUGGCUCCUCUAGGAGGUUUGGUGCGGUGGCUUUGGGACCUGUGGGAAUGGCCAUGGAGGGCAUUGGAGGGACCAGUGGCAGCAAAGGCCUGGGAGCAUUUACGUUCAGAGGCAGAAACUCUCUUGCCUGUCACAGAGGGUGGCGUUUCCGCCUUCGUAAUUUUGUGCAAACAUCAAACCACCUAGUCAGGCACGGGCAGGGUGUUGGAUCUCAUCUGGAAUAAGCAAGCCCCUGCCUGCCUCAGGGUGAUAAUGCAUCUACCCCACCCUACCCCCCGACACCACCGGCCCCGGCAGGAGCGCAGGGUGGGCAGCUGGGCCCUCUAUGGGGUGGGCACGAUGCCUAGGAAGAGUGGGCUUAAGUUCAGCGUGAAGGGAGCCAGGAUUUGCCAAGGAGCAAGCGCCAGGGUCCCUGUCUUGAAUGUACCUUUGGGCUCACCCCUAAAUGAUUCCAAGCCGGCCUUUGCCUGCGUCACAGUAAGAGUCCCACAUGCCGCUCGCCUCGUGAAAAGGGCUCUAGCCGAGGAGCACCUGGGCCGCCUACUGACGUGGGUGGCUCUGAGCAGGGCCGAGCCUGCGGGCUCACCGAGUCCCAGUGCUCCUCCCGACCUGAGGUUCGGCAAAGAGCAACCUUUGUUCCUUUGGUUGACAAAACCACUGGUUAGCAAGUGCUCACGCUCUCAGAAGUAUGUUAAUGUCCACUCAGGGCCAGGCGUGGUGCAAGGACACAGGAAGCAGCAAAACGAACUCCCAGGCCACCUGGAGCUCGCAUUCUACACAGGAGGAGAUAAAAGUUGGAAGUUCCAUCAAAAAUGUGUGCUGGCAUUUUUGACUCAAAAUGACCUCUUGAGCCUGUUAUUCAACACCCUGUCUUUCCAAAGCCCUCCUGGAAGUCAUCAGGUUUUCCUAACCCUUAGGGAGACCUUCAAGGAGAGGGCUCCAUCCUUCCGUGACCUCUGACCUCACCCUUUUCCGGCACCUGCCUUCCAGAGCCCCUCAGGACCCAUUGCUGUGCCGCUCCGUUUGCUCACUCAAGACCAGACACUCGGUGCUGAGCCCUGGUUGACAGAGGUGGCACCUUGCUGUCUGAGGCUGAAUGGUGGCAAGCCUCUCUGCACAGGGCAAGGCUUAGAGGAGGCCAUGGAUCGUCUCAGCCCCGGGCUCUGCAGGGCUAGGGGGCCUGUGAAUUCUUAGGAACUACCAAUAAGACCUUUGAAGUUAGUCUCUGCAUGUGAUUCAAAGUCCUGGCCUUGGGGAAACCUCGCUAGCCAUUGAGCUAAUGCCACGCGGUGAUGGGCUCCUGAGCCCUACUUCAAUGCUGACCGUGAUAACCAGCCUAACAGCGCGUACUGUGUGUCAAGCACCAUCUCACCUGACCCGUGUGGCAAUACUAAUGGUACUUUUCCCCUGUUGUAAGUGAGGAGACCGAGGCUUAAGAGGUAAAGGCAUUUCUCCAAGGUCUCACAGCCAGGGAUCGAGUCCAGCGGCAAGACUGCCCUCUUUCCACUGCUCCGCUCUGCUGCCAGCUGUUGGCUGUUCUCAUGUGCUGCUGGUUGGUACUCGCUAAAGACUAGUAUAGCAGAUGUCCGUGCUUAAGAAAAAGUAGGGCGUUGUGGCUUUAAAAUGAAACACAUCCCCCUUUCCUUCUGGAAACCACCAUAAUUUUGUGUGUGUCUUAGAGUUUUUGUUUGUCUUGUUGUUCAUUUGCUGCUUUCAGUUGUAUAUUUCACGAGUGAAAUCAUGGUUCUUGACUUUGUCUGACUUGCUUAGCAUGAUGUUCUCAGGGUCCAUCCAUGUUGUCGCAAAUGACAGUAUUUCAUCUUUUCUUACGACUGAGUAGUAUUCCAUUGUGUAUAUGUGCCACAUCUUCUUUACCCAGUCCUCUAUCGCAGGACACUUGGUUGUUUCCAUUUCUUGGCCACCAUGAAUAAUGCAGUGAACAUAGGGUUGCAUGUAUCUUUAAGAAUAAAUGUUUUAAAGCUUUUCGGGAAAUACCCAGUAGAGGGGUUGCUGAGUCAUAUAGUAACUCCAAUCUUAAUUUUUUGAGGAACCUCCAUACUAUUGUCCAUAGUGGCUGCACCAGUUUACAUUCCCACCAUCAGUGAACGAGGGUUCCUUUUCCCCACAUCCUCUCCGUGUCUCGUCGAUGAUAGCCAUUCUAACAGAUGUGAGAAUCUCGUUGUAGUUUUGAAUUGCAUUUCCCUAAUAGUGCAGUUGAUCAUCUUUUCAUAUAUCUGUUGACUACUUGUAUGUCUUCUUGGGAGAAGUGUCUGUUCAGGUCCUCUGCCCGUUUUUAAUUGGAUUAUUUGUCUUUUUGGUGUGGAGUUGUUUGAGUUCUUUAUAUAUUUUGGAUAUUAACCCCCUGUUGGAGCUGUUUGCAAAUAUCUUCUCCCAUUCGUUAACUGCCUUUUUGGGGGUUUUUUUGAUGGUUUCUUUUGCUGGGCAGAAGCUUUUUAGUUUGAAAUAGUCCCAUUCAUUUAUUUUUGCUUUUAUUUCCCUGGCUUUGGGGUCAAAUUCAUAAAAUCCUCUCUAAGACCAAAGUCCCUAAGUUUAGUACCUAUGUGAAGGGUGACGGGGGUCAGAUGAAGGGCGAAGGAGAUCUGGCUCUCGGUGGUGCGCACACAAUGCGGGACACAUGAUGCAGCAUGGAGUUACACACUGAAACCUGUGUAAGCUCAUUAACCAAUGUUUCCCCAGUGUAUUUAAUUUCAAAAAAUACAGUGUAUGCUCUUUCCACACACACACACGCACAUUACCUCCAUGUCAUCCAUUACCUUACAGUCAUUCUGAAACUUUCACUGGCAUCGGGGGCCCUGGAGGACUUGUUCACGCCCAGGGUUUUAGCGGGACUUAGUCGCUUGGGGGUGGAGCCCGAGACUUUGAAAUUUUUAACAGUUUCCCAGAUGCCGCCCCUGUUGCUCCCGAGACCGCACUUGAGAAUGACUGCCUUAAAGUCUCUGAAUUGGGAAGUGAAUAUUUUCAUUCCUUUUUAUUGGAAAAGCCCAGGCUUUUCAGAAAUGUAAUUGGAGACCUGCUACUCAUGAUCCACUCAAACAAGCACAUAAACCUUUAUUAGUAUUCAGAUGCUUAUCAAAGCCCAGAGCGCCCAGACACUCACACUGUCAGUGCGCAGGUCCGAGACCAGAGGCCAGUCCCGCCCCACCGUCUUCAGCUCCCCAGCCCCAGUGCCUUUGCUGGAGACGGUGCAGGUGGCAUUCCUCCUGGCUGAGACCAGACUGUUGGGAUCACACCCACAGUCCCAGGAGCACCUUUUCCUCAAAUGCAGUCGGUCCAUUUCCUUUCAGUUUCUCCCCCGGGGCCUUGAUGCCAGUUGCCCUCUGAGGUCCUGGCCGUGCCUUUCUGACCUGUCUCCUCCUGCUGUCCUUUGCAAGUCCCUCACUUAGGCUGCUGGCACCUCCUUCUUCCUUUCUCCCUCUUCAGUUUUCCCUCCUCUCCUUCAGCACAUGUUUCCUGAGGCCUGUUUUGUGCCUGUUGUACUUGCUGCGGAUACAGCUGCAGACCCAGGACACACAUGCUGUCUGCUCUCCUUGCAGUCUAGAAAGCAAAUAAUGACAACUCAUCAGCUGCCAAUUAUGGGAGUGAGCAAGGAACCUGUUGGGGGGCGGGGGCCUGCAAAGUCUAGGUGGACCUCCCUCCCCCCUUUUCUAAUCCACAGUGUCUCCCCAGGACAUCUGCAUGUAGCUUUUCCCUCAAGAUAGUGUAAUUUCUUCCCAGUCCUGACAUGGCGGGCCACUCCUCCCCAACCAGACCAGGACUGUGUCUCAGCGUUGUCCGUGGCCACACACUCCUGGCCAGUGACUCUGGGUCCUUGCUCCCUCCUCCAUCGCUCCCUGGGGAGGCCGUCCUCUCGGCCACCUGCUUGCCUGCAGGACACCCCUCACUGCCUUUCUCCAAGUCCUUGAUGUCCACUCCCACCUUUUGUCUUGCCUUCCUUCUCACCCCAAGAAACCGACCCAGAGCUCUUUUCCUUUUCUGUUCCCAAAACAUACUUUACUCACAGACACACCCAGAACCAGGCGCGGUCCACUCCACAACUGCUCUACCUCUGGUUUCUCCUCUUAUUUUAGCCCAGGCAGGGUUAGCAGCUCCUCCCAUCGCAUGAGUUAAAGGAGGGGAGGUAAGGAAUCUGGUAACUAUUCCAGGGGAUAUUCCCUCACUAUUAUAAGAGUAAAGUUUUGUACACCAGCCUUUUAAAGAGCAAUUUCAAAAGCAAUAAGUGAGUACGUAGUUUGUUGUAAGGAUCACAAACAUGCACCUCCAUGACGACUUGGGGAGGGGCUGUCCUAACGUCAUGGCCUGGGUCAGACUUCCCAAUGACACUGUCGUCCAAGUGUUUUAAAACGCCGCCUCCCAAACAACUUAGACGCAGUGAGGGAGAUGCGCUUCCGGACUGUGGCUCUAGGUGAUGAUGAAGACAUUGACACCUAAGAUGCAUGUAGAGAGCGUGAAUAAAAUUUUUACUUGAAAUGUGAAUGGAGGGAAAAAGCAAUAUUUUGUAUUACUGUAUUGUUGUAUAUAAUGUUAUUUUAAACAUGCAUGUGUAACUAAUAAAUUAGGUAUUAUAACUAGA